GCAUCGCUGUUCUGUCUGCAUAUUCAAUUCACCUCCUGCUUAAAAGUGCCGGAGUUGUAGCUGCUCUUCAAAAUUGGAAAGACAAUCGAAUAAGCCAUUGAAAUAUGGCAGGGAAUAUUGACAAGAAAAUGAUUCCACGACCAUAUCUACAACCAAAACACUAAUUAAAGCCAGGAAAUCAUCUUUUCUGCCCUACCAUCUCAAAGGUAUCCGUGCAUAUGAGCAGCUGGGAAAUCGAGCUUUUGGACCUCCGGGRAAAAUGCUGGCUGCCAUCAUCAUCACUGUGCACAAUAUUGGAGCCAUGUCCAGUUAUCUUUACAUUGUAAAGUCGGAGCUCCCUCUGGUAAUUCAGGCUUUUCUUGGUAAACACGGAAACACAGGAGAAUGGUUCCUGAAUGGAAACUAUUUGAUCAUCAUUGUUAGUGCCAUCAUCAUUCUUCCCCUUGCACUCAUGAAACGGCUCGGCUACCUUGGCUAUACAAGUGGCUUCUCUCUCUCCUGCAUGGUGUUUUUCCUUAUUUCAGUCAUCUACAAGAAAUUCAGCCUCCCCUGCUUGUUUGAUGCCAGUAAUGCCACAGCCCUUCAUAAUGAUACCUUCUUAAAGCUUAAUUCAACAUGUGAUGCCAAACUAUUUACCAUCAACUCUGAGGCAGCGUACACCAUCCCGAUCAUAGCUUUCGCUUUUGUCUGCCACCCAGAGGUGUUGCCCAUCUACACAGAGUUACGGAAUGCCAACAAGAACCGCAUGCAGAAAGUUGCCAACAUCUCCAUCCUGGCCAUGUUUGUUAUGUAUCUGCUGACAGCUAUCUUUGGUUACCUCACCUUUUACGCUGGAGCCGAGGCAGAGCUGCUUCACACCUACAGUAAAGUGGAUCCUCUGGACGUCCUGAUUCUCUGCGUGCGUCUGGCUGUGCUGGUGGCCGUCACUCUGACCGUCCCUGUGGUUCUGUUCCCAAUUCGCAGAGCGGUGCUCCAGAUCUUCUUCCCUGAUAAGCCUUUCCACUGGGCCAGACAUGUCCUCAUUGCAUUCAGUCUCAUCUUUGUGGUCAACUUGCUCGUUAUAUUUGUCCCUUCAAUCAAGGACAUCUUUGGUGUCAUCGGAGCCACUUCGGCCCCCAGUCUCAUUUUCAUCCUGCCCUCCAUCUUCUACAUCCGUAUUGUUCCUGAAGACCAGGAACCUUUGAAGUCAAAACCAAAGAUUCAGGCCGCAUGCUUUGCAGCAUUAGGAUUCAUCUUUAUGAUCAUGAGCCUGUCAUUUAUAGUCAUCGACUGGAUUUCYGGAAAGUCCCAAAGCGGAGGCGGCCACUAGCUUUKCGCUAGAUAUGCUGUGACAGAACAAAGGUACAACAAACAGAAUGUCAACCAAAACUUUCCCAGAAAUUAUCAUCCCGUUCAGCUGAGAUCCGGUCCAGAGUCUGGAGACUUUCAACGAAGGAAAAACAAACGAAGAGCCUUCGCCAGUGUCGAAAUCAGGAAAAUGUUUUGACGUGUGAUGGCACAGAAAAAUGUCCUGUUGAGGAGGAAGGAGCACAGGAUGGCACRACGUUUGUUCUGUCUGAGUCCGCCGCCCUGCCGCAGCUCAAAGUCAGGGUGAAGGUGGCAGCAAGAGGAUGAAUGAGAACAGCAUGACUAAGAUGUUCCAYGGAAUAGUUCAGUCACUGCCAACAGCCCUCCAGUACACUUCCCUAAUAUUUCAAAUUACAUUUAUUUACUGUUUCACCAAACAAAACAGAAUAGUUUUGAUUAGGUUCUCCUACAUUUGUCUUGAAAAAUAUUAAGAACAAUGACUGCAUUUCCACAGAGAUUCUUAUAUUUGGUAAAGAAACAACUACCUAUGAAGUGAAGUUCAACUAAUGUGAUAUUAUUUUUAUGUCUCUUGUUGUGAAUGAUGUAAAAAAUUACUAUCUUUCAGGCAGAGUCUGAGGUGACCAAAUAAUCCGGUGCAAUAUGCAGGAUUUUGCUGCUGUUCAGACAAUUUGCUGGAAAUCAUGUGAAUCAAAAUGCAGAAAAAUGUUUUUGCACAAGGAACGCAAUGUUUUUUGUUUUUUUUUAAUAUUAGUUUAGCUGCAGACCAAAGAGUGUAUUUAUGCAGUUAUACUGACGGAGAAGUUACCUCUUUUUAAUUUAUCAGGUGUAAAAGUAGAGCCACAAAGCAUUCAGUGUUACAAAGCAUGUUUCAUCACGUUCAGAAACGUUUCAGUAUGUUACCCAUUGAUAAGGUUAAAAUAAAGGGUUUUCUGUGAAAUUGGUCCAAAACAUCUGUUACCUUUGUGAAGCAACCUGUUCAUUUUCUGACUGGUUUUUACUAACAUAUCGCAAUAAAAAUCUUUUGUUUCUA